UUCUCGUGCAGAUUCGAUUUAUGCCUCGGCUCUGUUCGUCAUCGAACGCCUUUCUCCGGAAUCCCCGCCCCGCUAGGUUCCCUGCGUUGUUUGGGGACUGUAGGAAGAUGGCGGCGGCUCUGCUGUACUGUGUCUGCCGGCAGCCCUACGAUGUAAGCCGGUUUAUGAUCGAAUGUGAUAUUUGUAAGGAUUGGUUCCAUGGCAGCUGUGUGCAAGUAGAAGAGCAUCAUGCUGUUGAUAUUGACCAGUACCACUGUCCCAGCUGUGACGUUUUACACGGACCCUCCCUGAUGAAGAAACGGAAUAACUGGCAUCGACAUGACUAUACUGAGGCUGAGGACGGCAGCAAACCAGUACAGGCUGGGACUUCUGUGUUUGUGCGGGAACUCCAGGCUCGAUCGUUUCCAAGUGCUGAUGAAAUCAUUUUGAAGAUGCAGGGGAGCCAGGUGACACAGAAAUAUCUGGAGAAGCAGGGUUUUGAGUCCCCUAUCAUGGUGCCCACGUUGGAUGGCAUAGGGCUUAAACUGCCUCCUCCCUCCUUCUCUGUUAAAGAUGUGGAGCACUAUGUGGGUGGUAAUAAAGUGAUCGACGUCAUUGAUGUGGCCCGACAGGCAGACAGCAAAAUUAAACUCUGUGACUUUGUGGAGUAUUACUACAAACCAUAUCGGCCAAAAGUGUUAAACGUCAUCAGCCUGGAGUUCUCAGAUACCAAGAUGGCUGAUUUGGUGGUAGUUCCGGACAUCGCUCAGAAAAUGUCUUGGGUUGAAAACUACUGGCCAGAUGACUCUUUCUUUCCAAAGCCUUUUGUACAAAAAUACUGCCUGAUGGGGGUGAAGGACAGUUACACAGACUUCCACAUAGACUUCGGGGGAACAUCUGUCUGGUACCAUGUACUGUGGGGUGAAAAGAUUUUUUACUUGAUAAAGCCAACCAAGACAAACCUUGCACUAUACGAGGCAUGGAGCUCUUCCCCCGAUCAGAGCGAGGUGUUUUUCGGGGAGAAGGUGGAGAAGUGUUACAAGUGUGUUGUGCAGCAGGGAACAACUCUCUUCAUCCCCACAGGAUGGAUCCAUGCUGUUCUCACCUCUCAGGAUUGCAUGGCUUUUGGGGGGAACUUCCUUCAUAACCUUAAUAUAGGCAUGCAGCUCAGGUGUUAUGAGAUGGAGAGACGGCUUAAGACUCCUGAUCUCUUUAAAUUUCCCUACUUUGAGGCUAUCUGCUGGUAUGUGGCCAAGAAUCUGCUGGAAACCCUGAAAGAAUUGAGGGAAGACAGCUGCCAGCCCCCAGAUUAUUUGUUAGAGGGAGUGAAAGCUUUAACCACUGCACUGAAAUCUUGGCUAAAGAGAGAGGUAACAGAGCCUGCUACUGAGGUUCCAGACCAUAUCAGGCCGGGCAAUCUCAUUAAAGAACUUUCUAAGGAAAUUCGCUACCAGGAGGAGGAGCACGGUGGUAGCAAGCCAAUGAAAACUCAGGGAAUGGGAAGCUCAUGCCCAGUGACGCGGUCGACACUGGAGAGAGGCUCCAGCUCCCAAGCAAGGAGGAACGCUAGGCGACUCAGAGAUCAUGGGAGCAAGGCGCCCUCAAACCUUGACAUCCUAGAACUGCACACCAGGGAGGUGCUGCGCAGGCUGGAGAUGGCACCUUGGGAAGAGGAUGCCGUUUACAGCGCCAAUCUGAAUAGCAGAUUUAACAAGAUCUUCCAGCCGGUGUCCACAGUGCCUGAAUGGAGGAUCCAUGACAAUAAUAUUCGCUUGGUGCUUUCUAAUGGGCAAAUUGUGAGAGACAAAAGGCAGCCAGUUACAGAGAAGAGUCUGUUUACUGGUAACAGUGAUGACGACAGAGGAAUUUCAAUGGAAACCAAGAAGGUGAAGAGCGAGAAGGAGUGCUGGGGGGAGGAAUCUGAGCAGGAGAGGACCAGGGAGAGUGAUACAGAGCAGAAGCCGCUCAACAUGUUUUUUGAAAGCGUGAAAUCCGAACUCAGGAAUGGAGCAUCAGGGCACUCGGACAUGUCAGAUUCUGAAACAGAAUCUGAACACAGUUGCGCUACAAAGCAGAACUGUUCUUCCGAGGAAGAGUCAGGUAGCUUGGAAGAAGAUGGUGAAAAGGAGACCUCCUCCAAGAGGGAGACCCAGAGAGGCUCUGGGGGCAUCAUGGACCUGUACCAGGCCAGCCAGAGACUCACGGACCAAGAGAAACCACUCAAACGAGAACUUCCUACCUCGCCAAGUACAGAAGAAGACGCUAUUCAGGGCAUGCUGUCUAUGGCAGGAUUUCUAUAUCCUCAGUGUUUACCCAGCCAGACAGAAGGGACAUUGAGCUCCCAGGAGCCUUGGGAUUCUAGGGAGCAGUGGUGGUGGAACCCAAGUACCAGAAUUCCCGACUCUGGUAUUCCGAGUAGAGAGGAGCCAGUGUAUAAGGAUGAGAGCCAGGAGAACGCUUUAGGAGCUGCAGCUCCUAGACUCGACCAUCAGGAUGAAAUGAAAGUGCAGAAACACAUCAGGAAGGAGUGCACAGCAGAGCUGAGCCAGAGAAUCCAAGAGAACAAAAACUUCAUGGACAGUCAGAGCAGCAGCAGCAGCAGCAGCAGUAGCAGUGACAGCUGGGUCAAUCACAGGCUCUCACUCAGCAAGUUCCCACCCACCUUUAGUCCUCUACGUGAUGACGACAGUCCAGAGUUCCAGUACAGCGAGACCUCCCUGUCCCCACCUCUCCACCCUUCCAAGAGACCAGCUUCAAACCCCCCACCUGUUAGCAACCAGGCCACCAAAGGCAAACGCCCGAAGAAAGGCAUGGCAACAGCAAAACAGAGACUGGGGAAGAUCCUGAAGUUGAACAGGCACAGGAGCUUUUUUGUUUAGCAACACUUUCACCACGAGCAUGAAGAAGUGAUCAGAUUAUUUGUCCUGUGUUUGAGAGAGACGCAUGUACUGUAGAAUCACUGCCUGGGGAACAAAGAGUAAAUUACCUAACUACAUGUUCACUAUUUAGGUGACAGAGUAUUUGGAUUUGUGCAAGCAAAGGCAAAGCCACUUAAAUGAAAACAGCCAGUGUGUUUGGAGAUUCCAGUACAGCAGAAAGCCCAGGACUAGGAUUGACUGCACAGAUCACCAAGCUGGUCCAGCAAAGAAGAUGGGAUUGACAGAGAUGUACCUUGAAAAACGAGGGGGGGGGGGGGGGGGGUUCCAAAUUCAGUGCAACAUGGAAGAGCUGAUACAGCUGUCAGUCUUAUAUUUUGAAUCAGGAACGAAAGGAAUAGGUUUGAUUUAAUUGUAAAAAUGGCCAAUUAUGGAUUGCUUCCAAAACCUUACUUUGUAGGCUUUGCAGGCAUAAGCUGCCGCCUGUAGCUUACCCCAUAAACGCUGCAGCCAUGAGAAAUGCUCCCUCUUAAAAGCUAUUUAUUAAAAUUGUAAAACAGCAAAGAGCCAUUACAAGCCUGUCUUAGCAGAUUGCUUAGUCGAGCCACCAGAUGUCCUAAAGGAAGGUGCGUUUGAGGGUUGUAAGAUUGGAUCUCAUGAUGAGUCCCUCCCUGGUGGAGUCCAAAGUCAUGGAUGAGGGUUUAAAGUCAAAUGACUAAAAUACACAGCCUCUGAAGAAGGUGCUUUUUCAUUCCCCAUCCCAUUCUCUCACAUUCACACCAGCAAUAAUGAAGUUGGAGAAGUGGCAUGACAAACAGUACCCCCACAUCUCCGUUAGUGGCUUCCAUAAUUAUCUUUAUAGCUUAUCUGUAUCAUCGCUGAACAGCAUGCAGUGAAAAGGGGUGAGGAGGGUUCCUGUUUCUAAUGGUGUUUUGGAUCCCCAUUUAAAAAAAAAGAAGAAAAAAAAAAUCCAUGCUGCUACAUCAGGUUGAAAAUACUGGUAAUUCAAUGAUGUGUUUUUGUGAUUUGGUGAGCAUUAAUAUGAUUUAAGAUGUAGUGCCUCAUGUGUUUGUUUUAUUGUUUAACUUUUGUUUUAAUUUUAAGGCUAUAACAAGCCUCAAUAUGUCAUUUUUACCUCCCACUGCUGCAGGUAGUAAAUAAGAGCGAAAUAGUUUUCCACAAGCUGAAACUGUGGAAUAUAAACAAAGUGGGCAAACUGCUUUUGAGGGUUCACAGAAGAUGAUAGAGACCAAGGAUUUUUUAUAGUGGGGCACUGCAGUUUUAAAGUACAGAUGUCAUUUUAAAUACAAAUAUGUAAUGAUGAUUUGCCCCUAGUGUGGAAAAGCAUUUUACAUACAAAUAUUGUAACUUCUGAAAGAUAGUAAGUAUACAUCUGGCAGUGGUGUUAAUGAUUUAAUGUAUAAAAUAACAAAAAAGAGAAAAAAAAAUGAAAUGGUUUACUUUUGCCUAAAUAGAUAGUGUGCAAAUUUAUAUAGUGAGAAAUGAAAGAAAUAAUUUUCCAGUUUAUUUAUUUGUCAGAAUUUUUGUACACCUUUUGGAAUGAACUAUUUAUUAAAUAUUUUGUGAUGUUUUUUCUCUUAUAUUAUGAAUUGAAGGCUUUUCUAUAUUUCUGUUUCGUGAUAAAAACACCUUUAUCUGUUUCCAUCCAGACGGAAACCUGGCCGAAUGUCACCAGUAUUUUGCCGUGUUUCUUAUAUUUAUACACAUUACAUGUGGAUUAUUGUAUAGGAUGCUGUCCCAUGAAAGCUGAUCACCUCCCCAAGCGAUCAGAGCAGCUUGUAUCUUACACAGGACCCUUACUGUAUUUUAUAAAAUGUGUAAUGAAAUAAGAAUAUCUCAUUUUAAUGUGACGUCAUUUCCAUCUAAUGCAAGCCAUUUCAGAUGGCUGUAUCACAUUGGGGUCUUCUAUAUAUUAUAAAUGAAUCUGAAAUAUUUAGUUUGGAGACUUAAACAGGGUUUCCUCAUGGACCGCGCAUUGCUAUGCCGCAAGGGUGCGCAAGGAUUACAUUGCUAUUUACAAGGUAUUUAUUUCAUCUUAUUUCUAAAUUGACGGUGUACUUUAAUCUGCCUCCGGCUGGUCCAGUGGUUAAAGAAAAGGGCUUGUAACCUUUUCAAAUCCCACCUCAGCCACUGACUCAUUGUGUGACCCUGAGCAAGUCACUUAACCUCCUGGUGAGACGUAGUUGUAAGUGACUCUGCAGCUGAUGCAUAGUUCACACACCCUAGUCUCUGUAAGUCGCCUUGGAUAAAGACAUCUGCUAAAUAAAUAAUAAUAAUCAGGAUCUUUAUUUUAUAAUGGGUAUUAGACCAGGCAUACUGUGUCGAGGGAUAAUCAGGGCCUUUUAUUUUUUCUUUCUAAGCUUCUUUGUUUGGCUUAUGUUCUGUGUUGUAACUGAUAAAUAAUUUUACCAGGUUUUACCUGUACUCAGUAUUACACAGAGUAAACAUUUCUCAAGUCAAAAGAUCCUAACAUUGAACUACCGACAAUGUGAGGGAGCAUGGACUUUAAUGCUAGUGGACCUCACUGUGGCUGCCAAACUGUCUUCCAUCAUGGCUGAUUGUCAAUAGAAAGACGGAAAGUGCCGUCAGUGGAAGUGACCUAAACACCAUUUUUGCUCUUCUUUUAAAUAGAAGAGCUGCCAUCAAAGAUUAUUUAUUUGACUUGAUGAGAACUGUUCAUCAGAUAAUUUUAUGAUUGUGUGUCUUAAUAACAUACAUUACUAUAAAACACUCAAUAGUGCUAAAUUUAAAAAUAAUAAUUUUAAUGACAAAUGUUUCAGCUACAAGUCUUUUUUUGAUAAGCAAUAAAAAAUGGUCAAACAUUGAAAAUGUAUAUAAGUAUUUUCAGAAGGUAAACAAAAAAGGACAGAUUUGUUGAUACCCAAAAUGGGAAAUAUUUUCUGGUAUAGAGGUGUUAUUUUUUUAAUUUCAAUUGAGCUAACUGUUGCUAUUUUUAUUAAGUGUCACACCCUUGUCUUGGAGCAUUUUGGUAGUAUAUAAGUAGGGCUUCACACAUAUAAAACACCCCAAAUACAAAAAAUAAAUGAAAUCGAUGCGUCUCCAAUAAACACCGGAAAUGGUUACUCAAUUCACGUUGACUUCACCCCUUUCCCAGUGAAAAUAAAUAAAUAUAUAACCUGACGUGUCUUGCAUUGAUUUGUUGUGCAUACUUUAAACCCACUCCAACUACUGAGUGGCGGCCAACUCCUACAUUUCCAUUGGAGGAUUGUACACACUUGCAAGAUUUAUAACAAGAUUACAAUUAGAAACAGGAUUGUUCUUGCUCGCGAGAUUUAAAAGCUACAUUACCGUUAGACGGGGAGAAUUACACACUCUUGGAAUUUAAAACAGAAUUGCAAAUUGUGGCAAAAUGUAAACAAAUGCCUAAACACACAAAAACCCCAGAAGAAUGUGCCCGUGACCAGAAGGAUUUCAUUGUGGAAGACAGCAAAGAAAAGAAGGUACAAUUGAAGUGUCAAGUGCUGUCCAGUUACUAUACAUAUUGUGUGUACAAAACGCCCAAGAAUUUUGGGAAGUAACCGAAAACAUAAUUUCAUACAGUAUAUAAAAAGGGGAAAGCCCCGUCAAAAAAAAAAAAAAAAAUGAUUUGGGGGUA